AUGUCGGACAGAGAGACAAUAGCUUCAACCGGAGACGGCUCUUCUUCACCCACGUCACCGUCCUCACUGGACUCGCCCAAUCGGCACCCGCGGCUUCGCCCGCAAGAGCAUCGACCUUCUUUGUCCUCGUCCUUUGCAUCCUCAUCCCAAUCAACACCUCCCACAUCGGCCAGCGAAGCCAGUCACCAAGACCAAAGUCCUUUCAGUAGCGGCACAGCAUCAUCCUCAUCAUCAUCUCCUGCAACGCGCGAUGCACUCUCUCAGUCGAUCAUCUCCAACCUCGACCUCGAGUCGGAAGCGAGAUCAAGAAGACCUUCGCACGAUGGCAGCGCGGUUGCGCAGCAGGCAGAAGACCAGGAGAGGGGCCAAGAAGCUGAAUCAAGCACACUGAGGGAACUGAAUGCUUCAUCAAACCGUACGUCCUCACUACCACCCCUCGUCAGGGAGGACUCAACGACGCGUAGGGUCAUGGAGGAUGUCUCGCCCUCACCACCGCCUAUGCCGACCAGCAGUCUCCCAACGAAUGGGGUCAGUGAGGCGUUCGAGUCAAGAGAGGGAAUGGCGGACACCUUGCGAUCAGCUUCAUCGAGCUAUACGUCCCCGUCAGAUUUCCUCGGACCCUCGCCCUCCCAGCAAAAGAUAGCAUACAGCGACGAGCCUUCUUCCUCAUCCCGAAGCGAGUCAGAAAGAGCCAGUCCGGUUGAGGAAGAGAGCGCAGCCCCUCACGAGCCAAAGACGACUGCUACUGGGGGAGAAGACGAUGCUCUGCCAGAGACCGUGCCCACCGUCAGUGCUACAGGAAUGCCGCGCUUCCUACCGCGGCGAACCGAUGAUCCGACCCUCGACGGGCGCGUCGGUACGAGCUCCAGGAAGGACCCGCCUCCGCCUGAGCUAUUGCCCGAAGGGGCGAGCCCACCACCGCGACGAGGAGGGAGAAGAAGUAGGAGCAGCAGUGUGAACGAGGACGAGGAUAGCUCGGAUGACGAGUCUACACUCUCUUCGGCCUCGUCACCCCCACACCCCCUCUUCCUGCAAGCCCUCCUUCCUUCCUCCCAACUCCCUCUGACCCGUCGCUUCUCCAUCCUCUCAUCCUCGCUACUCGUCAACCUAGGCCUGCCAUUCAUCAAUGGCCUCUUCCUCGGCUUUGGAGAGAUCUUUGCCCGAUCGCUGGUCGCGCCUGUGGUACUGGGCGUCGUCGAGAGGGGGAAGAGCUUGUGGCGGGAGUAUUACCUGGGAGGAGGGGUUGGAUUGGGGGAACAUUUGACCAUGAGCGAGAGGAGUCAGGCGGUCAGGGACGCUGGAAGUGGUGAGGGGACGGGGACGAGUGGAUUGGGAGUGAGGGCUGCGCCGAGAUGA